AUGGCCCUGCAAUCCUCCGAUGACAUUCAUAACCUCCGGCCCCCAACCGGACAGGUUAUGAGCCCAAUGAUGCCAAUGGCGGAGGGCAUGGCAGGUGUUCGAGAUUCAGUUCCUGGACAAACUGGUUUGCCGAGUGGGGAAAUGGGCAGACAUGGUGGAUAUGGAACACUGAAUCCGAUCCCGAAUCGGAGUGGAGCAAUGGGACCAUCGCCUUUGAUGAAUGGUGUGAAUCCUGCAGGAGUGGCUGCUUCUUUGGAUGGGCCAACGAUAACCGGAUCUGGCGAAGCGAGAACCGCACUGGGCGCGACGAACGAAACGACGAGGGUCGUCCUCAAGAACAGCCACAGCUCGCUUUGGAGGCACCACCUGCUAGAGAAGCCGCCAGGGUCCCUCAAGAACCAGAUGAUCAAUCCCUGCUGGCUAUGGUUCCUCGUCAAGGCCUACUACAACCGUCCCAAGAGGAUGUUGCAGGGGACAGGUGUGGAGCCGAGUGAUCAAGAUCCAGUUCAUAGCAGUGAAGAUCAUGUGGUUUGGUAUUCCAGGCUACGAGGACUUGUUCAGGGCGUGGUGAAUCCAGUGAUGGAGAGGGUCCAGGUGAUGAGGAGUCGUACUGCGAUGAGCUCACCCCAGGCCUGGCAGUCACCGACAACGACGCCCGAACCUCGUGAAACUGGAACUCCACUUAUGGAACCUGCCAUGCAGCAAGCCAUGCAGGAAUGGACACAGAGGACCUCUUUGUUGCAGCCAAGGCAAGAUCUGUUUGGAAGUCCUGCUGAGCACUCGUCGGGCGAAUCUGUCUCCCCUGAGAUGGUGCAAGAAGAGGUCAGGCGACAAGUUCAGAUUGCAAUCCAAGGACGAGAUGUCAAGGUGCACCAGCUUCAAUCGGAAAAUGACGAGUUGAAGAAACUGCUGCAUCAGGUGAUGGAAGCCGCCUCAAGACCGCAGGGGGUGGGUGAGGAGAUGACGAGAGCCGACCUGAGAGGCCGCUUGGGAUCUGGGGGCCUUGAACUUCCAGGUGUUCGAAGGGCAAGGGGAAGCGAUCGUCCUCAUCAACCAGAGGAACUACGGCCAAUUGGGGUGGAAAACGAAGCUGCAGGGCUGCUUGGUCCUCCCCCUGGAUUGGAUGGUGGUGGAUAUAGAGCUAGCUUCGUGAACAAUGAUGGUGGCAAUGUGGGUGGUGGUGCCCAGGGACAGGGCACAGGGAAACCGCCUACAGGGUUGAGCUCUGAUCUGCAAGGAGGGCAAGCCGUGGCGAGUGGAGGCGAGAACCUUGGCAAGAACGACACCCUUCCUGAAGCAGGUCGGAGCAGUGGUGGCGCUGGUGGCAUGGGAGGUGGAGGACCAAAGGACAAGGAGACCUCGACCCUUGAGCUUCUAGCACAUGGAAUUCAGCAGUUGCAGCAGAUGCAGAUGAAGAAGGAUGGCCAUGACCCUGAGCUCCUGAAGGGCAGUGUCGAAUUACCGAAGAUGCCGGAGCCCUACACAGAUAGCAGUUCAGUGGCCUUCCUGGAGUGGAUGUAUGAAGCGGGGCAACUCAUCGGCUCCCUGACGGAGAAAGCCUCUGGAUGGUGGGAGGCGAACUCCCAGUUGGCAGUGAACACCUACAAGGCCUACCAAGGUGAGUCGCCACUCCAAAAGUUGAAGAUCAGGGUGGGGGCGAACUCCUUUGUGGACGAUGAGAAAUGGUCAAGACUGGAACGAAGAGUCAUGACCUUACUGCUCCAGUCGAUGCAACCCCAAAUCAAGAACGAGGUGAUGAUGCUCCGGAUAGACAAGGUCAAGGAUUGUCUGUUCAAGCUCUACACCAUCUACACCCCGGGUGGAGCAAGUGAGAGGGCAUCAUUGAUCAAACAACUGGAGUACAUUGCGCCUCAAGACAGCCCAACGGAGCUCACCGCCAGCUUGAGGAAAUGGAAGAAGCUGGUCUCUCGAGCCUCAGAGAUGGGAGUGAACAUUCCCGAUGGCUCUGUGCUGAUGGUGGCGGUGGAGAAUGCGAUCAAGAAGGUUGUAAGUGGACAACCGGAUAUGGCCUUCAAGUUGAACAUGGCGAAGCAGGACCUCCAGCUCCCUUACCAGCCACAUAUCACCUCCGUCUUGACCUAUGUGGACCAUAUCCUGGCUGAGCUCCAACAGGUGAUCCCCAUUGCGCGCAACGACCCGAAGCUCAAGGGCAUGAAUGUGGAACCAAAAACACCGUCCAAUGCUGGAAGUCCAGCAAGAGGCCAGAAAGCACCUUGCAAGUUCUGGUCCAGUGACGAAGGUUGUCGGAAGGGUUCCAGUUGCAAGUUUGCUCAUGAGUUCAUGUCCAAGGAGGAAAAGAAGGGUCGAUGCUGGCAUUGUGGAGGAAAGAACCACCGGCAGAAUGAAUGCCCUGUGAAAACGGGAAAAUCAAAGGGAGGUGGAAAGGGAAGCUCGUCCACCCAAUCUACAACUCCACCGACUUCGACAACGGCUACCGUGGCAGCGAUGGCGGUGACCCCUGCUUCUGGUGAUCAACCUCUUCAAUCAAGAGAAGCCCCAGCAUCCACAGCGCCUGCAGGUUCGGGAACAUUGACCUCGUCCGGUUCGUCCUCGGCUGCCUCUACCGUCUUGUUUUCGGAGCAACCGACCCAAGCUCAAACCACUGAAGUCCGUGAGCUGGCGGAACAAUUCCUGGCGAAGUUGAAGCGACUGGCACGCAUGCAGGUGGAAACCAAUGAGGCCAUCGCGACCUUGAACCACUUCCUCCGGAGUCAAGGGCUGGAAUCACCGCAAGGAUUGGCUCUUCUUGACAGUGGAGCCUCUCACCCAUAUAGAGCUCCAAGGUCUCAAGAUGAAGUUCAGAAGGCCAGAAAAGUGGCGGUCCAGUUGGCGGAUGGGAGGACAGUUCGGCUUCGACAAACUACCGCAGGGACCCUGUUGCCGGAACAAGCCAAUGAGGGUGACAACUUCGGUGGGACCAUCCUGCCUUUAGGCAGCUUGGUGCAGUCACUUGGGUGUACUUUGAGGUGGAGCCGGAGGCGAGGACUACAAGUUCACCAUCCAGAACAUGGUCUGCUGCCCACAAAGCUUGUGGGAAAUUGCCCGGUCUUGAGAGAGGCCGAGGCUCUGAAGCUAAUCAGUGACCUAGAGGAGGUUGAGCUCGGGAAGUUGAAGGCCAACAACAUGGAUGGCGUCAUGAGGGCAUUGAACACCGGAGGUCAAGAAGAAGGGCCAUCAUGGAGGGAAGGUUUGGAUGAGUUCGUGGCAACGGGAUCCAGGAAGGCUCUUCGUCGAAUGCUGUUGGAUCCAGACUCACCUUUGGGUUCUUGUACUGAGGACGAGAUUGUGGCUAUGAUCGGCUUGGACGAUGUGAACCUCAGUGAUUCGAGCGGGGCGUCUAUCUUGAAGGGUUUACCGCUGAACCGAGCAGCAAGGCGAAGAUUGCUGUCUACAAGAUGGGCGAUACACAUGUUCAGUGGUGAGAGCAAGGAAGCUGAGAUGGAAACGGAGUCCAUGUCGACCCUGAAGAUAGACCUGCGAAUAUCCAAAAGGUAUGACAUGCUGAAGAGCCACGAGACCACCAAGGCCCUACUGUGGGCUGCAGCUCGAGGACAAGUGGAAGGCAUCUAUGGGGGUCCGCCUCGUAAGAUGGAGAACCAGGAGCUACUCACGAAGAAGUUCUGGUUGAUGUGGAUCAUUGCAAAUCGAGGUGCCGAGCUCAGUGACCUACGGAAGCCUUUUGUGGCCAUGGAAUUACCUGGGCCGAGCGACUUCUGGAAUGGCCCUGUCUGGCAGGGUAUUAAGUCAACCUACGAUGUGGCCACCCUCUACAUGGAGGCAAACCAUGAAAGAUACGCCUUCGCCACCAACCUCAACGUCCCGAAUGGUUUCCUGGUACCGAACUUUGAAGCCUUGUCCCAAUCAACACCUCCGAGAUCCCAAUGGCCAGAUGAGCUGAAGCAGCGACUGUAUACCGGGAUGAAGCUUUGGAGAGUCUAUGGGGACGAAGGCAUGAGAUUGAGGAUGAUGGCAAGAAUGACAAAGCCGGUGAACAUGACGGAAAAGGAGCUGAAGCAUUGGGAGGACCAUGUGAAGGCAGGCCACAUCCCCUAUGAUCGUCGUUGCCAAACAUGUGUCCGGACGGCGGCGACAGGCGAAACAGCGGAUUCGGCUCGCUACAGGUACCUCCUCGUGGGAGCAUACUGCCAUCCGAAGUUGGAAGUCUGUCGGGAGAGUCCAAAUCCUGAGGAAGAAGCUGAGGUGCAGGAUGAUGGUCUGGGGGUGGACAAUGAUGACCCUAUGGAAGAGGAGGAUAAAGACGAUCCAGUUGAGGAGGAGGACGACGACUACCAGAAAGAGAUGAAUGAGAGGUACAAGAUGAUCUACAAACACAUUGGAGAUGACAUCGAGUACCAGACCUUGCACUUCGCAGUACCUAUGGAGACCCGAACAGGGAAGGAGGUGUUUGCGAAGGUCCUAGACAUCUACCUGGAGCUUCGUCGCGAUGGACUGCCCUUAACAAGAAUCCACUCGGAUCGGGGAAGGGAGUUAAAGGGGCAAGCCUUGAGGUCCUGGAUGUCUGAACGGGACAUCCUGGCGACUACGGGUGAGUCACAACAACCGCAGCAGAAUGGAAGAGCUGAAGCCCUUGUACGACAAUUGAAGAGCAGAUGCAGGACCCUACUCCGAUCGUCAGGAUUACCCAGAACAUGUUGGCCUCUAGCUGCAACCUUCAGUGCUCGAAGACAAAGAGAUCUAGCGCUUGGAAAGCUUGAUGACAAGGACCUCACCUUCGGGGCGAAAACCUAUGUCAAGGCCAAGGUCUUUGGAACUGGAGGCUCGUACGAUUUAGAUGAAAGAUGGAAGGAAGGGGUCUUCGUGGGAUAUUCCAGUGAUGUCCAACGGGGAAAGGUUGUCCGGUUCGGAGAUGGGGGCUAUGUCACGAGUGUGCAUUUGAGACCGUAUCUGGUGGACUCGGACGACCUGGUGGACCCGAAUCCCUUGGAGCUGCACACCAGAACGCCGUGUUCGAGGGAAGGCACGAAUCGCUGGAAUGACCCUGCCAGAGACUUCUGCUGA